GAGCUAUGCCGAGUGAUUGACGUAGAGGCCCAACCAGGGAGAGGCGGGGCCAAGGCCAGGGCCUGACUAAACCUGGAGACUCGGGUGGCCGAGGGGCUUCAUCCCAGCUGAGGAGCGAGGAUCCGCUUGCGGCCGCGGAUCUCAUAGCCGCUCCGGGUCUCCUUGACAGAUGGAAAACCUGAAGUAACCUCAGGCUAGCUAACCUUGUUUUUGGGAAACUAGACUUGCUGGUGAAAUCCCUGGGGGUAAUAGGAUCUUAGCUCACUUUGCAUGGCCGCGUGUACAGUGUUGCAGCAGCGUUCCAACACGGACGAACCAAAAUACACGAAGUGUUCCCAGGGGGAACUAAGGAAAUUGGAUUUUUAGAAGACGGCUUUUUCUAAAAAGGUUUUUAGAACUUCAGCUAUAAAAAUGGGCAGAAUUUUCCUUGAUCAUAUCGGUGGUACCCGUCUGUUUUCUUGUGCAAACUGCGACACAAUCCUGACCAACCGCUCAGAACUCAUCUCUACUCGGUUCACAGGCGCCACUGGCAGAGCGUUUCUUUUUAAUAAGGUAGUUAACCUGCAGUACAGUGAAGUCCAAGACCGGGUCAUGCUCACGGGCCGCCACAUGGUUCGAGAUGUGAGCUGCAAGAACUGCAAUAGCAAACUGGGAUGGAUCUACGAGUUUGCCACUGAAGACAGCCAGCGCUAUAAGGAAGGCCGCGUGAUCCUGGAGCGCGCCCUAGUACGAGAGAGUGAGGGCUUCGAGGAGCACGUACCGUCUGAUAACUCUUGAAGAAAAAGAGAUCACUCCAUCUUUUCCCAGGUCUCCUUCACUGAAAACAAAAAUCUACUUACAUACACUGUCACCUUAGCAUCAGGUCGGAUUCAUGAACUGCGGAACAAGAGGUUGUGAGAAUCUAAGAUGGAACUUUCCUUUCUUUCUUUCUUUCUUCCUUUUUUUUUUUUUUUUUUUAAUUUUCAGUUUUCCAUCCAGCAUCAGUGUGUAGAGAGAAUAUUAUGCAGAUGCCGUUAAUUUUUUUUUUUUCCCUGUGUUUACAUCUUGAGGCAGAAUAGUCUGUCUGCAGCUACGUGAUGGGCUAUGUGAGGGGAAAAAAAUCUGGGCUAUUAGAGUGAAAAAGUGUGUUUUAUGUAAAUUUCGAAAGGAAAAUGUGUCAAGAGCAUGGUUUUUAAACUUAUUUGGGCUUCAUUUAAAAAAAAGUUUUUUUAAAUCCAGUUAUUUCACCUGAUUUGCUAGCUUCAGGGAAGAGAUCCGAAUUUGUGACCAGCGCUAAAGGUUCAGUGUUAGUAUGGCUUGUGCUGGCCGCUGUGCCAUAUUCUUGUUGGAGAUGAACCGUAGCACCAGAGCCCAUCCUUCCUUGUCAGUCUUGACCCAAAGAUGUCACCAUUCCUAGUUACUUGUCACCACAUAAUUGGUGUUGAUUGGAAACUUUUCCUGAAACGGGGCAGAACUGCUUGGUUGUCUUUUCCAUGUAACUUAAGCAUAGUAAUAUAAAUAAAGUAAUAGUUGGA